AGAGAGAGAGGCUUCUUUACUUCUGGAAAUGAAGACUGUAUUCCUGAAAAUUGCUUUUACUUUUGGUGCGACUAUGCCGACAACUAAACAGAGGUGGAUGGCUUCUUCUGGGAAAUUCCUUCUUCAUUUGUGAGGAACAAACCUGUUUCAGAGAACCCCAAAUUGUUCUAACAAUAUAAUAAUUUACCCCAUAAGAGAAAAACCCAUAACUUUUGCAGGCUUAGAAUUGCAAGCCAUGUCUUGUAUGCCAGUUCUGCGAAUUGUUGUAUUUCCCCCUUUCUCUUAUGUAAAUAACUACAGAUUUCAGCUCUAAUCAAGAUAGAGCCAACUUUACAAUAGCUCAUUCUUGUGUAUUUCCUUUUGAAGGGAGUUAUUUUAAAUGGAGUAAACUUAGAUCGUUUUCGAUCCAGCAAAAGGUUCAAGGUCCAUGUCUGUUUCAAAGUUCUCAUUUCUUGACAAAACCUAUUUCAGGUUCAUGGUAACUCGAAGCUUAGAAUAGGCAUGGGAGUGUAAUAGAAACUAUACUUGGGAACUGAAUUGAUAACUCAUUAUUGUUUAGUCCCUAUUGAAGCCCAAUUCAAAUGGCGUCCUUUUUGUCGGUUUUGAUUUGGCAGAAUUGCGAGUCAUGUUCUUAUGCAAAUGCUUUUGUUUUUUAAUAGUUUGUUUAGAUUUCCAAAAACUGAAAAUAUUGUUUUUGCCUUGGUUGAUUGGCUGAAUUUCCUUUUAAGAUGUUUCUCAGGUAAUUCUAGGAUUUCAAGAACAUUCUUUUCUCAGUAUCUAUCUGCAGAAAUUUAGAACUCCAUGAAAGAAUUUUGAAGGGCUUUAGAUUGCAAGCAUUUUUCGAGAUGUGUAAGCUGGGCCUUUUCAUUUAUUUAUCUAACAGUCUGUAUUUUAUUGAAUAUUGAGGAACUGAUGUAACUUAGAUUAUUGCAUUCGAUGUUAGUUGUCGAACAGGGUUCUGAAAUGAUCGAAUUCACUUAAAUGCUUUGGGUGCAUAAAGGAUGAAUUCAGACUGUUCUUGAGAAAGUUAUGAAUAUAAUUUGUGCAGGCCCCAGUAAUAAGUAAUGGUGUAACUCAAGUUGUAGAAUAUGGGGGCCUUGUAGAUUGGUCUGCUUGUAUGCGUUUUAUUGAUGUUGAUGUAAUUGUACUUGAUCUCACUAGACAGGUUGUUAUCACAUUGUUAGCGCAUCAUAAUAAUUUCCUCUGAAACGUGUGGCACUUGAUUCUCCAGGAUUCUGCGUCAAGACAGAGAAAUCGAGACCAGUCCAAACCUAACCAUCAAAACAAUGACCACCAUGGCAACCUCACUUCUCUUGCCCUCUCCUUCUUCCACCUUCUCCUCCCAACUCUCUGAAAUAACCGCCAUUGCCACUCCCCUAUACCUUCCCUCCUCUUUGCCCUCCAUUUCCCACCCAUUCUCUCCCAAAGCGAAAACACUGAUCUUCUCUUAUUCUUCACCCACCAUUCCCUUGUCCUCUUCUUCACCCUAUGUUCUUCCCCAAUUCUACACUAAACCCAAAACCCUAAUCUUUGCCCAUUCUUCACUCACCAUUCCUCCUCAAUUGCCCACAAAAAUCAAAUUUCUGACCUUUUCUUCUUCAUCCUCCAUUUCCCCCCAUUUCUCGACAAAGCCCACUUCUCGAAGCCCAACUCUUGAGGCCUCGGCUCUUCGUAAAUACAUAUGGGUUCGGCCCAAUUCGCCCCUCCGACUCGCUUCCCUUGACCAUUUCGUGAACAUGGAGGAGGUCCUCUCCACGCUCGCCCAAACCCAUGAUGAGCAGUCCCUUCAUGCCGCCAUGGCCCCAUACAAGGGCCAUGUCUCCCUACGCUUCAUGGUGUCCCUUCUUGCUCGCGAGCCCGACUGGCGGCGCUGUCUCGCCCUCCACGAUUGGAUGCUCGAGAGUGCUUCCUAUCCCCCUUCUGUCUUCGCAUACAACGUUGUCAUCCGAAAUGUGCUACGAGCCCAACAGUGGGAUCUUGCUUGUGGCCUCAUGCAUGAGAUGCGUUCUCGACGCACGAGUCCAGACAAGUACACUUACUCAACCUUGAUAGCUGCAUUGGCUCGCGACGGCCAAUUUGAGCCUGCUCUGUAUUGGCUCCAGCAAAUGGAGAAAGAUGGAGUCAAAGGCGAUCUUGUACUGUAUACCAACCUUAUUCAUCUUGCGAGACGUUUGGGUGACCACACAAAGGCUCUGGCAUUGUUUGCAAGCCUCCAGGCGGCGAACAUUGUGCCUGACCUCAUCGCCUACAAUGCCGCCCUCGACGCAUUGGCACGUGCAGGGCUCUUUGCACGUGCCGUAGCCCUCAUCGCAUCGAUGCUCGAGCGCGGGGUGGCCCCUGAUGCCGUGUCGUACACUUCGAUUCUAUCUGCUCUUGUUCGCGCUGACCGUUUGGUUGAAGCCCUCUCUUUGUUCUCACAAAUGGCAGGAGGCCAUGGCAAUGGGGUUAGCCCUAAGCCUGACCUUACUGCUUGUAACAUCAUGAUACAUGUCUAUGGAAGAUUGGGCAUGGUGAAGGAGGCCGAUCGCUUGUUUUGGGGCAUGAUCCCGGCCAUUGGGCUUGCCCCAUCUGUUGUAACUUACAACACCAUGCUUGCCGUUUAUGGAGAGGCUGAGCUUUUCGGUGAGGCUAUCCACUUGUUCCGCCUCAUGCAAAAGAAGGGGAUUGAACAAAAUGUAGUCACCUACAACACCAUGAUUGGUAUCUAUGGGAAGUCACUCGAGCAUGAGAAGGCCUCAAAUUUGGUGCAAGAGAUGCAAGGGCGGGGGAUUGAGCCCGACGCUCUCACCUACUCCACAAUUAUCUCCAUAUGGGAGAAGGCGGGGAAGCUUGAUAGGGCAGCUCGGCUCUUUCAAAAGCUUAGGAGCUCGGGGGCUAAGAUUGAUCAGGUGCUCUACCAAACCAUGAUCGUGGCAUAUGAGAAAGCCGGGCUUGUUGGGCAUGCCAAGAGGUUGCUUCAUGAACUUAGGCGUCCGGGUGGUGAUGUGCCCAGAGAGACGGCUGUUGCUAUACUUGCAAAGGCAGGGCGGAUAGAGGAGGCCACUUGGGUUUUUCGUCAAGCCUUUGAUGCAGGGGAGGUGAAGGAUAUUAGUGUGUUUUGUUGCAUGAUUGAGAUGUUUGCAAGGCACAACAAGCACAAGAAUGUUGUUGAGGUAUAUGAGAAUAUGAGAGAGGCUGGGCACUUUCCUGAUUCAGACACGAUCGCCACCGUGCUGAAUGCUUAUGGGAAGUUGCGAGAGUUUGAGAAGGCAGAAGCUGUGUACCAAGAGAUGCAAGAGGAGGGGUGCAUAUUCUCGACCCAAAUCCAUUUCCAAAUGCUGAGCCUCUAUGGUGCAAGGAGAGAUUUGGAUGCGGUGGAAUCUCUGUUUUUGAGGCUGGAUUCAGAUCCUAAUACUAAUAAAAAGGAGUUGUCUUUGGUGGUGGCUGCAAUUUAUGAAAGAGCAAACCGGCUAGACAAGGCUUCCCAAAUUAUUGAGAGGAUAAGUGAUAAAAAUGACUUCUGAAAGGCACCUAAAUGGGAUGUUCUUCAACAUGUUCAGCCAUGCAUGCACCUCGAAAAGUUGCAUUUAAAUGAGUUGUUCCAUGUCAAGUAAGCAUGACUAUCGUAGGUUUAUGCUUAAAAUGAACUGGUCACUUUCUUAUAUCUGGUAUGUUUAGGUUGCUCUUCAGAUUAUUUAUGUUUUUUAUGCAAGGUACUGGGACUUGGCUCUGCCAAGGGAUUUGCCCCUGGCCGAGGCGAGUUACGUGGUUGAGUUUGAGUAAUGAGAGUCCAGCUCAUUUUAAAAAAAAUAAAAAAAAGAAUAAAAGAUACUAUAUAUAAAAUGAUUUGCCUAUGUUUACACAAUGCCUGAAAUGGCACGGGUUAGAUCUUGUGGGUCUCUCCCAAGAGGUCUUGGGAUUGAAUCUCAUCACAAAUUGACAUAUUAGUAACAUAAAUAAAAAACAAAAAGAGGAAAAGAUACUAUAUAUAACAUAAUUUAGCUAUUGCUUUAAGCAGUGCAUGAAAUGAUGCGUUGGCUAACUUCGGGGGUCUCUCCCAAGAGAGGUCUUGGGAUUACAUAUUAGUAAAAUAAUUAAGAAAGGGAUAUUAUGGUGGUGUUUGAGGGGGUUUGAGCCCCAAGCAUGAAGCCCAUAAACCGUACAUUGAGAAUCUUAGAUAAAUUUGGUGCAAUAGCAAACCAUCAUUUUUUAUUUUUGGUAAGUAUAAUUGGAAUUUAUCAUUAAUUGACUAUAUUUUGUGGCUCUCGCAUUAUAAUAAGUAUAACUAAAUGCCACCAAAAUAUUCAAUAUGUGGUCAACACCUGUUAUAAAGAGAGUCACAAGAAUCUCAAGCAUGGCUUAAUGCCAUGAGAGAGGAAAUCGAUUGAGAAAAAUAAAGUCUUGGAGCUAUAUGAUUUAGCUAACAUAGGAAACCUCUAGGUUGUAAAUGGGUACUUAAAAAUAAGCUAAAAUCUGAUGUUAUCCAAAAAGACCCUUGGAUGUUAUUUGCAUUAAAAUGAAUGUGAUAUUAUUUAUAAUAUAAAAUUAGGGUGCACACCUUACUUGGCCUCGCCUAUGGGGCGAGUCAGAGUAACAUGCCUGAGUCUAGUUUAACUCGGGCGAGUCACUGAGCAUUUUUUCCUUGGAUAUAUUGUAUUAGACUUAUUUUUUUAUUUAUCUUGACUAAGUGAUAAAACGACUUUUUUUUUUUUUGCAUACAAACGAAGCCAAAAGAUAUUAUACUCGUGCUUGAGUAUAAAACCCCACGUAGAAUUAAUUUUAGGACCAAAUUUUGGGGACGUAACCUCUUCAACCCAUAGAUUAACGUCAAUAAAAAAAAUUCUUAUUUGCACCCUUUAUGCACUUGGAAAAGAUAAUGUCUUGAGAUUGAAUAGAGACGAUCCAAUUUAGAUGGUGAGAUCUAAGUCUUAGAAAACUCAAAUUUCAAUAUUUUUUCUUUUGAGAAUAAUUAUCUAAUGAUUUUUAGGUGGAUCCCAAAAUUUCAGAUUGAAAAAAUCCUCCCAAGUAGGUCUUCUAACAGAGGGAGUAGAAGUAAAUUAUGCUUCUGAGGGAGCAUGGUAUACAUGCUCAUGAAUGAGUUGUCCAUUUCUAAACCUAGUAAAUGCUAGCUCUCAGACCAACUUGUUGAAUGUCAUCUACUGAAAGUUUACUCUAUAGCUUGAAAAGGAAGCUAAUUGAUGUUUUCUCGUAGCUGUCAUUAACCAUGCCUUUGCUUUGUACUGAACGCAAUUUUAAGAACUGUAUUUAUGAAGAGCAGAACCUAACACCCAGUAGCUUGAUGAAAAUAGGUCUAUCUGAGUUUGGGAUAUGUAAGUAUCACUUGGCCAGUUAUCUUUCCUGUGCAGCUAGCAUUAACAUACUUUCCCUAUGGUGCUUGGUCAUGGAAGGGCGUUACUUCUGUUUAGGAGCCCUGUCUCGUGUGUCACCCUGAUAUGGAGACAUGUAGUCGAUAUUCUGAAGAUAGUAAGGGAGACCUGAAUUUCUUUCUGCAGUAAUAUGGGACACAAGGGCAUGGCUUAAUAAUAAAAAAAAAUAGAAAAUGUAAGGGAUUACAUAUAGUGAUAACUGCAGUUUACAAACAGCAAACUGCAUGGUACAUCAACCAUCCAUUGUUAACAAUAGGUAGUUGAAAUGACUGUUGCUCUGCCAAAGAGGACAUUUUUUUUCAUGAGGGGUUUUAAGCAUAUGAUAAAAUCAAUAUCUCACAUUGCAUUCAUGAGAGAUAUUAUUUUGGAUGGAAUAAGACAUUACAAUGUCUAUAAUUUCAAUCAAUCCCUCAAAAGAUCUUAUUUUGGACAGAAUUGAUAAAUGUAAAGUACAUUAAUCAUGCUCAUUACAUCUAUUUUAGAUAGAUUGCAUGAAUGAAACAGGCAAGAAGGCUUAGAAUAGUCUUUGAGUAAAAGAAUUGAAAUAUCCUUGCAUACAAUAAAAAUAUGCUUUGAAAUGGAACAUAUACAUGAUAUGUACAGUGACCCAAGGGGCUAUUGAAAGGAACCAUAAUUGCGGCAAUAGACAAUAUUGCCCUGACACUUAUUGUUGGCUGGCCUGAAGGGCCUUGUUAGAGGCACUCAAUGUCUGCCAUGUUACCACUAUUCGAAAAUCCAAAUUGAAGAUUUUUAUGUUCACCCAUCCUGACUAUCAAUAGGAAUUGAUACGUCAUUGUGGUAUAUAGAAGCGGGAUGUCCAUGACAUGUGCGGCUACUUAAUUGAAUUGAAUUAAGUACAAAAGUUCAAUGAAUUUGCAUUUCAUUCCAUUUUUCCAAGGAGAAGAUUUCUGCCACCCCGGUCUGAACAUGCCAGGUUGGUUGACAAACCCAGGGGCAAAGCAGCAAGGGGGAAGGGGGAGAGACGAGCUUUUUUCCCGCUAAACCUUGAAUUGAUUGGCUGUUACUGAAUUCCAAAAUUCUUAGUCGAAUGAGGGAUCAAGAGUCGUUGUUUGGGAAGCUCUCCCUGCCCCACGGACAAGUAUCCUGUUAUGGGAUCAGAAGUGAAUCCGUGAAAC